CUUCCAUUGUCUUCAGGUCGGACAUGACAUCGUCUGUGUUGCGACUCCUCUCGGUUCAUACGGCAACGCACUCGACCGGACGGUGAACCUAUUGCGCAGAGAGGCCACAGUCAUCGACAUCAGCACCAUGUCCGACGAUCCUUUCCUAGCGGCUCAGAGCGAUGUUCUGUCCCUCCUCCAACAAUCUCGACCACUCCUCUCUUCCUACCUCCGAAUCCGAUCGUCAGCGUCGAGCUCUAAUUCUCCAGAACUCGCCGAAGCUCGAUCCGAACUCGAAAGCACCCUCACGGAUAUAAGCACUGAUCUCGAAGAUCUCGUCGAGAGUGUCCGCGCUGUUGAAGGCGAUCCCUAUAAAUAUGGACUUGAUGUCGCAGAAGUUGGGCGGAGGCGGAAGCUUGUGGCCGACGUUGGUCGAGAAGUGGAGGAGAUGCGGCAGAAGCUGAACGAGACUGUGAUCGCGGCAGACCGUAAAGCUGCGCUGGCACAUCCAGAUGCCUUUGCUACAGACCCUGGCGAGGAUGAGGACGACUACGGCGCGUGGGAAGAGCAGCGACAGAUGGAGAUGAUGCAUGAGCAAGACGAGGCUCUCGAUGGCGUCUUCCAGACAGUGGGCAAUCUGCGUGCACAGGCAGAUACGAUGGGACGAGAACUGGAAGAGCAGGCAGAAAUGCUCGAGGAUACGGAGAACAUCACAGAUCGAGUGGGAUCCAAGCUUGGAGUUGGCAUGAAGAAGAUCAGAUAUGUCAUUGAGAAGAAUGAGGACAAAUACUCCAGCUGCUGCAUCUCGAUGCUGAUCAUUGUCCUCAUCAUCCUGCUAAUGUUCGUACUAUUCCUUUGA